UGUGGGCGGGGCCUUCGGGGCCAGGGGCGACUUCCGGCAAUAACGUCAGGUGGGGACGCUCUGCCGGUGGUAUCUCGGCCCCGCACCAGGUUAACUAUGCCAUUUUUGGGUCAGGACUGGAGAUCUCCUGGAUGGAGUUGGAUUAAAACAGAAGAUGGCUGGAAAAGGUGUGAGUCCUGGAAUCAGGAGCUCGAGAGUGAGAAUGACCAGCAGCACCAAAUCAGUCACAGCAUUAUCUUAAAUAGUGAUGAUGAAGAAAUAUUCAAUAACGAAGAGCAUGAAUAUGCAUCCAAAAAAAGGAAAAAGGAUCAUUUUAGAAAUGACACAAAUACACAAUGUUUUUAUCGUGAAAAAUGGAUCUAUGUCCACAAAGAAAGCACAAGAGAGAGGCACGGCUAUUGUACUUUAGGAGAAGCCUUUAAUCGCUUAGACUUCUCCAGUGCAAUUCAGGAUAUCCGAAGGUUCAAUUAUGUGGUCAAACUAUUGCAACUAAUUGCAAAAUCCCAGUUAACUUCGCUGAGUGGUGUGGCACAGAAGAAUUACUUCAACAUUUUGGAUAAAAUUGUUCAAAAGGUUCUUGAUGACCACCAAAACCCUCGCCUAAUCAAAGACCUUCUCCAAGACCUGAGCUCCACCCUGUGCAUCCUCAUCAGAGGCAUGGGGAAGUCUGUGUUGGUGGGAAACAUCAACAUUUGGAUUUGUCGACUGGAAACUAUUCUUAGCUGGCAGCAGCAGCUUCAGAACCUGGAGAUGACAAAGCAAGUGAACACGGGUUUGACACUCAGUGAUCUCCCACUGCACAUGCUCAACAACAUCCUGUACAGAUUUUCUGACGGGUGGGACAUCGUCACCCUGGGCCAGGUGACACCCACGUUGUCAGUGCUCAGUGAGGACAGGCGGCUGUGGAAGAAACUGUGCCAGUACCAUUUUGCUGAGAAGCAGUUUUGUAGACAUUUGAUCCUUUCAGAGAAAGGUCAUAUUGAGUGGAAGCUGAUGUAUUUUGCACUUCAGAAGUAUUACCCAACUAAAGAGCAGUACGGAGACACUUUGCAGUUUUGUCGGCACUGUAGCAUUCUCUUUUGGAAGGACUGCCGUCUUGCUUUGUUGUUCAAGGACUCAGGACACCCCUGCACGGCCGCUGACCCUGACAGCUGCUUCAUGCCUGUCUCCCCUCAGCACUUCAUCGACCUCUUCAAGUUCUGACCUGCUCCCCCUUUCCAUGCAGCAGGAAGUGGCCCAGGCCUCCUGUAGCUGCUCGAUGGGAAGAAGGUGGAAGCCCACUCCCAGGUGCUACAGGACAGGGCAGCACUGCUGCCUUCUCAUCCUCAAAAGGGGGCAGGGACCCAAGCAGAAACAUUUCUACUUCCUUCUGUAAAGAAAUUCUUUUGUUCCAGGCAUAUUUAUAAAUAUGCUUCUGAGAUUUCUAGCCUUUUGCUGAACUGACACUAAUGGCCAAGGAUCUGCAUCUUAAGUGUCAAAAGAUCAUUUCUUGGUUUUAUAGUAAUUGGGGUUGGGGGACAAAAACAAUUCUUUGUAAAUAUAUUGUGCAGAAUAUUUAUUUUUCUUAAGAUGUACUUUAACUGAUUGGUUGUGUCCAAAUGACCAUUUUUCUGAAUGCAAAAUCCAUUAGGGAAGUAGCUGCAUGUCCGUGCUGGUGUUUAGCUAAGCCUGUGAUUGUGCCUGUGACUGCUGGUGAGUGGUGCCCAGGACUAAGGGUGUGGCGGCCAUGGGGGUUCACUGUGGACUCACUGGGAGACCAGUCUCCCACCCCAUGUCAGGGCUGCCACUCAACUCCAAACUUCAUUGUACUGAAAUACUUUUAUAAACAAAUAAAUCAUGUUUAUCUACUGAUGUAA